UGUGAUUUGAAAUAGGAGCUCGGCGGACAGUUGUUUCUCUACUCCUGACUUGUAAUAGGCUAGCAGGGACAAGGUUGAGAAACUUGACAUUGUCUUACCGACGCGCUCCUGCAGCAGGAGGAAGGAAAGAUCAAAGGAAUUGGGAGACGGAAAAGUUGCCGGCUUGUUGGGAACUGGGAAAUUGUGAAUGGGGUUUUUGCUUGAUCCUGAAAGUCUCCUGUUUCUUGCUGGAUGGAUAAUGGAAUUCUAAACAUGAGGCAGAUAGCUGAUCAGCUUCCCUGGAUUUCGCUGAUGACACAGGAAAGCUUUGCCUGAAGAUGGAAACACUGGAGUCGGAACUGACCUGCCCUAUCUGUCUGGAGCUGUUUGAGGAUCCGCUGCUGCUGCCCUGUGCUCACAGUCUCUGUUUCAACUGUGCUCAUCGCAUCUUGGUCUCUCACUGUGCCACGAACGAAUCAGUGGAAUCUAUCACCGCCUUCCAGUGCCCUACUUGUCGUUAUGUCAUCACCCUCAGUCAACGUGGUCUAGACGGACUCAAGCGCAACGUCACGCUGCAGAAUAUUAUCGACAGGUUUCAGAAAGCUUCAGUGAGCGGGCCCAAUUCUCCCAGUGAAACUCGCCGAGAGCGAGCUUUCGAUAGCAACAGCAUGUCCUCCAGUGAAAAAGUUCUCUGCCAGUUCUGUGAGCAGGAUCCUGCUCAGGAAGCAGUGAAGACCUGUGUCACUUGUGAGGUAUCCUACUGUGAGGAGUGCUUAAAAGCGACUCACCCAAACAAGAAGCCAUUUACUGGCCACCGUUUGAUUGAGCCUAUUCCUGACUCUCAUAUCAGAGGAUUAAUGUGUCUGGAGCACGAGGACGAGAAAGUUAACAUGUAUUGUGUGACUGAUGACCAGUUAAUCUGUGCCUUGUGUAAACUGGUCGGGAGGCAUCAUGAUCACCAGGUGGCAGCUUUAAGUGAACGUUAUGACAAAUUAAAGCAAAAUCUGGAAAGUAAUCUCACCAACCUUAUCAAGAGAAAUACUGAACUGGAAACACUUUUGGCUAAAUUAAUUCAAACUUGCCAACAUGUGGAGGUGAACGCGUCCCGACAAGAAACCAAGCUGAUGGAGGAAUGUGACCUGCUUAUUGAAAUAAUCCAACAAAGACGUCAGAUAAUUGGAACAAAAAUCAAGGAAGGGAAGGUGGUGAGACUGAGGAAACUGGCCCAGCAGAUAGCUAACUGCAAACAGUGCAUUGAGCGCUCCACAUCUCUGAUUUCGCAAGCUGAGCAAUCUCUGAAGGAGAAUGAUCACGCACGCUUCUUGCAGUCUGCUAAAAACAUCACUGAAAGAGUCGCCAUGGCAACUGCAUCGUCUCAGGUUCUAAUUCCUGAAAUUAAUCUCAAUGACACGUUUGACACCUUUGCGCUGGAUUUUACCAGAGAGAAGAAACUACUGGAAUGCCUUGAUUACCUUACAGCUCCAAAUCCUCCAACCAUUAGAGAAGAGCUUUGUACAGCUUCGUAUGACACAAUCACAGUUCACUGGACAUCUGAUGAUGAAUUCAGUGUGGUCUCCUAUGAGUUGCAAUAUACCAUCUUCACUGGACAAGCCAACGUCGUUAGUCUGUGUAACUCAGCCGACAGCUGGAUGAUUGUUCCAAACAUCAAACAGAACCACUACACAGUGCAUGGGCUACAGAGUGGCACCAAGUACAUCUUCGUUGUUAAGGCCAUUAAUCAAGCUGGCAGCCGGAACAGUGAGCCUGGAAAGCUGAAGACAAACAGCCAACCAUUCAAACUGGAUCCCAAGUCUGCCCACAGAAAACUGAAAGUAUCUCAUGAUAACUUGACAGUGGAGCGAGAUGAAACUUCCUCUAAGAAGAGCCACACACCUGAGCGUUUCACCAGCCAAGGGAGCUAUGGAGUCGCUGGCAAUGUGUUUAUUGACAGUGGGCGUCAUUACUGGGAAGUGGUUAUCAGUGGAAGUACAUGGUAUGCCAUUGGUAUUUCUUACAAGUCAGCGCCAAAACACGAGUGGAUUGGAAAGAAUUCUGCCUCUUGGGUUCUUUGUCGUUGUAAUAAUACGUGGGUGGUGAGGCAUAACAGCAAAGAAAUUCCAAUAGAGCCUGCACCUCAUCUUCGCCGUGUUGGCAUUUUGUUGGACUACGACAAUGGCUCCUUGGCCUUUUAUGAUGCUUUGAACUCUCUUCACCUUUACACUUUUGACAUUACAUUUGCACAGCCUGUGUGCCCAACGUUCACUGUCUGGAAUAAGUGUUUGACAAUAAUAACAGGCCUUCCCAUCCCAGACCACUUAGAUUCCAUGGAGCAGAUGCCAUGAUUGUUGCUGACCAGAGAUGGAUGAUGAAUGUCCAGUGGAUCUCACAUACACUUCCCUCUGAAUUGUCUCUGAAAAAACAUGAACAGAAAUACAUUUCAUACAGAACUGUCCCUAAUGCUUCAAGCCAGAACUCAGAAUGGGAUUAUCUCUUUAGUCGUUACUAUUUGUUUUGUAUUAAAGGCAAAAUAUGGCUUUAAUAAUUUCUCAAAACACUUUUGUAUUUAGUCUCUUUCAGGAAAAUUUAUAAAUUAUUUAUAAAAAAAAAAUAAGAAGAAGAAACCAUGAUUUGGAUAUUUGCAUUUGGGCACCUCGUAAGAAUGACUUGUUUUUGCACAUUAAGGGCUCUAUCACAAAGAUUUUAUUAGCUGUUUCCCGUAUUUUGAUUUUAUAAUAGAGAAAACAAGUUGGAAUUAUUUGAGAGGAGGACGCAAUACUAAUUCUUCAGUUUUUGUUCAUACAGUGCUUUCUUUAGUGCCACUUUUACUUCAUGAAAUACGCCUUCAACUUGGAGCACAUUAACUUAUACUUCAAGAAGUGUCAAUGUCUAAAUCAACAGGCAGUCAAUGUUACUGAUAGCAAUGUUCUUAUCUACUGAUGCUUCACCUUUGUCACUUUUAAGGAUAUGUACAUUUGAUUUUUGUCUCAGAAAACCAGCAAUACUCAAACAGAACAGCCAAGGUAACUCUGACUGUGUUUUAAGUAGAAGUACCACUAAGAUCAACUGAUAGUUCUGGUGGUGCCAAAGUGGGUACACAAAUCAUUUGAAAGGUACACAAAGCACCCACUUGCAGUGCUAGAAAUGGGCAACCUACAACUGAUUUUAAACUUAAAUGUGAGCAUUUUGUUAUAUUAUGUUAUAGUGUAUCAAUAAAAAUAGUGAAGGUAUCUGUUUUGUAAACAG